AUGUCGCUCAUUGCCAACAGCAGCAGCAGCAGCAGCAGCAGCAGCAGCAGAACCAGACCACUUGCAGCGCCCGCACGACCACCAGCAUCACCCCCGCAGCAGCAGCAGCAGCAGCAGCAGCAGCAGCAGCAGCAGCAGAACCAGACCACGUGCGGCGCCCCCGCGACCACCAGCAGCACCCCCGCAUCACCCCCGCAGCAGCAGCAGCAGCAGCAGCAGCAGCAGCAGCAGCAGCAGGACGCACCGCAGCGCGGACUGGCCGCCCCUGCCGUGCUUCUUGGGAAGGUCAACAGCAAAGCGGUGCAGCACUUCUCUGCUGUUGCCCUGCACGCUGCCGAACAAAGCCCCGUUGCCGUCCACCACGAUGAAGCCAAACUUCGCGUCCGACUCCAGCAGCUCCGCCAACGCCUGCAGCAGCAGCAGCAGCAGCAGCAGCAGCAGCAGCAGCAGCAGCGGCAGCAGCAGCGGCA